ACUACUUGACUUCUGCAGUGCGGGGACUGUUGCGUUUUAUGGAAGGGGAGUCUGUGCACUCAUUUGUGGUCAUGCUGCCCCCCAAAAACUGUCUGCCGAGAAACUACAGCUGCAUUGCUGGAUUAUUCGGUAGCCUCACGGCAGCAAACCCACGCCUUGAAGAAGGGGAUGAUUUUGAUGUGAUAAACGUCACCUGUGAACCUGUCGAGUGCCCUGUGGUGGACGAGAGGCCACGGGGCAGGGAAAUCCUCCUAAAGCCACCACAGAGCCCAACUCUGCGGCGGAGAUGCAAGUCGCUGCCUACGCCCACCGAGAGGGCAAAGUUAGAGAUUUCCCGUAGCAGAAGUCCGACCAGCCAGAAAAAAGUCCGCUUCGCUGACUCUUUGGGCUUAGAGCUGAUCUCUGUGAGGCAUUUUAAUGAUUCUGAUGAACCAGAUGUGCCAGAGCGGAUCUUCGCUAAACUACCUAAAGGAACGAUGCACCUUAACCAUUUGGACACAAAGUUCCCCAGACCCGUUACGCACGCAAUGUUUAUGGAGUUGGAGUUCACAAAUCCCAGCACUCUCCCUGGCUUCGAGCAGAGAGUGAGAGAGGUGAAAGUCUUACUGGAAUCUGUGGAGGCUGAUGAGUUCAGUCUGUCUGGCUUUGUCCGUGUCUUAAACUUGGCUUUUGAAAAGAGUGUGUCCCUGCGCUACUCCAUAAAUAACUGGAUAUCCUUUAUGGAUAGUCUGGCUUCAUAUGUUCCCAACUCAAGUGAUGGCGCCACUGACAAAUUUUGCUUCAAAAUCGUUAUGCCCACGUACCUGGACAAUGGAGGCACACUACAGUUUGCAAUUAAAUACUGUGUUGGUGGGCAGGAAUACUGGGACAAUAACAAUGGAAACAAUUAUAAGGUGCGACCCCGGCGGUUGAAGAUGUCCCCGCCCCGCGAGUGGGAGAAUGGAUGGAUACACUUUAUCUGA